AUGCAGAAGCUCUCGGGGUUUAGGGGCCUCGCGGGGUUCCGAUCUCUCGUUGGAUCGACCUCGACGGCCGUAAAGGCCGCGAACUCCAAGCCCUCCUCGGAUGCUGGGGGUAUUACGUAUGGGAGCUUCGCCAAUCUUAUGAACACAGAAGAGAAAUUGGUCAAGGAGCAGGCUUCAGUGAAGACUAAUCUAGAAAUGGCGGAAUAUUUUGUUUCAUCAAUGAAGAGGAGGCAUCCAUAUGGAAGAAAAGAACAUGAGCUCCAGUUGGUAAGUCCUGAGACUAAACGGAAGGAUGUAAACUUAUCUGGAAUUCUACAAUCACCAAUUUCAAACAUGCUGAGAAAGGUAGAGAACGGGUCUCAGGGUAUUCCUAAACACAGAAAGGUGACACACCAUGCAUACGAAGUUGAGACAGCAAAUGGAAGAAUCACAAAGCACAGGAAAACUAGGAGCACCGUCAUGUUUGGUGAGCCAAAUACUGUGAGGUCAUUGCAUACUACUGCGGACAAGGAUAUUACAAAAAUGAGAAAGAUUCCUGGGAACACAGCAACAAUAAUUUUAGAUCGAGAUAAUUUGCGUGCAUCCAGUCAUAGCUACAAAAGAGGAAUCAGAAAAGCUCAUGCAUGGUGCCGUGCCAAUGGCAUGUACAGAGAUUUAUCAGAUUAUUUUGGACCAGGCGCUGAAGUUUAUACAACACCUGCAAAUGGCACAUUCCACUUGACUUUUGUGUGCAAAGAGCGCAAGUACAAAGAGCGCAAGCUCACAUUCUUCCUUCAUGGAAGGGAUUUGUAUUUGAAGGGCUGGAAGGGUGAUAAAUUUGGUACCUUUGAAAUACAGUCAAAGAAACAACAACAUAACUACAUAGAAGACCCAUCAUGUACUGUUCUGAAAAUAGGGGAGAAUUACCACAAUUUUCUUCCAAGAGGUAAUAUUGGAAAAGUGAGGAUUGGUCCAUUCGCUAUGAUGGACUCGCUUGAGGUUUUGCAUAAGUGCAACGGUGUGAUGUCCAGCGAGGAUUUGGCUGCCAUUGCCGUGUUUGCUGUUAACACUUCUGAAGCCAUUCGCCUUGAAGACGUGCUAGAGGAAAUACUGGAAUCAUUUGAACAUUAUCAUUUGGACAAGCUAGACAGUAGACGAACUCUGUCGCUCCAGGUCAGAAAGUAUGGGCACUACUCAGGUGAGUAUCUGAAAUGUGUGAACUUCUUGAUCAAAGGAGAGCCACUACCAGAAAUAGAAAACCGUUCUGGUGGAGCUAUUAAGUCACUGCUGGAAUUAAUGAGUAAAAUUAGAGUACCCCUGAGAGAUUCAUAUGACGAGGGCAUAUUCGCACAUGAGAAGCCGCCAGAGUCACCUGUUUGGUGUCCUCCGUAUCUGGAUUCCAUGGGAGAAGAUGAGGACUGAGCUGCUAAAGAUCAGGAGGUGGAUGAGGAAGAGGAGGAAGUGGAA